GUAUGGACAUCUUGGAGGGAGGCAUCAUUCUACUACUUUGAUCCUUCUCAUUCUUCUCACCCCUCCAGUUAGGGUGGUAUCUACCCCACUUCAGCAUCCUUCCCUCAUGUAGGAUCACUUCUAAGACAUGCUUACCUACAGACCCUAUAACCAAGCAUCCUGGUCACACUGUACCUUUUUUUUUUUUUUUUUGUAUCUUCAUAUCCUCAUUCUUUAGAGAGAAGUUACUGGGGAUCAAAUCCAGGCCUACACCCGCAGCUUUACAUUGCAAGCUGCCAGCCAUCAUGCCCUGGAACAUGAAGUCUCCUGGCCUCAUCGAUAUCUACUUCCUUUGCCUCACUCUUCUUAGCUCUUAGCCACCUGAGUGCGCUUGGAACCCUAGUACUAUGUGACUGCUGGCAAGAAUGGGUCUGAGCAGGAGCCUCACCUCUGCUCCGGAAGGCACCUACCUAGCUUCACGGCAGACUUGCAUGCUCAGCCCCCCACCCCACCCUGAGGAGGAGUGUGAGCUCUCCAAAGAGCUCCUGAAUUUGUAAGAUUUUAACAUAGGCGCUUCCAUGACACCAUUCCUGGAGAAGUCACUGAAUAUACUUGUGCGGGAGCCUGCACCGACCCAGUGCUUUAUGGGCAGGACAGAUCCAAUGAUGCUUAAUGAAUUGUGAAGAAUUCGGUGUUCUGGCUGCUGCUCCCAGGCUCCUCUAGAGCUGAGGGCUUUGGUUCCGAUUCCCACUGCUGGAGUCCCCAGAGUUCUUCCUGUAGCCAGACCGCGACACGCCGCAGCCACCUGGUACAGAGACUGAUCUCUGAGCAAGCUAAGCCGCUGCAAAAAAGGAGCCUGGGCGUGUCCGGGGCCGGGCUGGGCGGUGGGAGGUGUCCGUCCGGGACGGCUCCUCCAUUGGCUCCGCGGGGCAGGGGCGGGGCUUCAAGGCCUAGGUCCGCAAUGUAAGUUCACAGCUCGGGUCGCGUCCCACUGCCGCGCUGUUCUGCUCCUGAGCUUCUGUGUCUGCUGGUCGAUUGUCUGCGACGAGCUUUACGGAAUGCCUGGGACUGCUGACCAAGGGGUCUAUUGUGGCUCGGAGCACACACUGGAGCUCCAAAGCCCUGGACCAGGUUGAGAAUCCCAGGACAAGACCAAAGCUCAUUGCUCCCAACAAGAUCUCUAGUUCUUCUGCCUUCAAUUUUUAGAAGAGGAUUUUCAACUCUGGAGAGAAAACAAUUUCUGUUAUCUCAACUCCUGACUUUGUUGGCCUUUGACGUUCCUUUUCCUAAUUCCCUGGUCACAUCUCACACUCCAGUCUUUAGGGCUCUGGCAAGUGUUUGGUGUCUGAAAACCAUCGGCUUGAAGCCAGUGUUUCAGGUUCAGGGCAUUAAGCAGAGGCUGUGUGAACAGUGAGCUGGGCAGCCAGGCCUGAUUGGUGAGAUUACCAUGUCCACCAAGGUCCCCAUUUAUCUGAAGCGCAGCAGCCGCAAGGGCAAAAAGGAGAAGCUACGGGACUUGCUGUCCUCUGACAUGAUCAGCCCACCACUUGGGGACUUUCGCCACACCAUUCACAUUGGCAGUGGUGGUGGCAGUGACAUGUUUGGAGACAUAUCUUUCCUGCAGGGCAAGUUUCACCUCUUACCAGGAACAACCAUAGAGGAGUCAGAGGAGGAUGGCAGCUUCGACCUCCCCUUCCAAUUCACCCGGACUGCCACCAUAUGCAGACAGGAGCUCCCUGAUGGGCCCUCGCCUCUGCUUAAGAAUGCCAUCUCCCUCCCUGUCAUUGGUGGGCCACAAGCCCUCACUCUGCCCACAGCUCAAGCUCCACCCAAACCCCCUCGCCUGCACUUAGAGACACCCCAGUCUUCCCCGCGGCCUUCCCCACAAGAGGCAGGAAGCGUGGACAUCUGGAGGAUUCCAGAAGCUGGCUCAUCCCACAAUGGGCUGACCCCAGAGUCAGAAGCUGAGGAGCCCUUCCUGUCCCAUGCCAGCUCAUUGCUUUCCCUGCAUGUGGACUUGGGGCCCUCCAUUCUGGACGAUGUUCUCCAGAUCAUGGAUCAGGACCUGGACCGCAUGCAGAUCCCCACAUAGAACCCUGGGCUGACCAUGCAGGGUGCCCAGGCUGGGUGACACUGGGAAGCAGGGUGUGGACACGGUCCACCAAUGGCCACUGGCCAGUGAUUCUUUGAGCCUUUCCUUCCUUCUUCUCUCUCCCCUUGGGAACAAUGUGCCUCAUUGAUUUCCAUUAACAACCUGCCAAGGAUAUGCGUAGAAGUCAGCCCCUUCCCCCCACGUGUCCUGCCAUUCUUCACAUGACUAGGGGAUUCUAGUUACAAUAAAACAUGCUGCUGCCAGUGGCCAAGCAGCUGGUGCCCAUGUUCCAGGCUCUCCCAAAGAUGAGUCAGUUUCAGAGAGCUGUGGGCUCAGCAGGGUGAGCCUCACCCCAGAGGGAAUGGUAAGGUCAGUCCCUCCCUUCAGCAGAGUUCUACCUGCUUCUCAGUCUGUGGAGAGAAUGAAGCAGGAACAAAUCAAGGGUCCAUUGUGGAUAUGUGGGCACUGUUCGGGUAUCUGUCAAGAGGAGUCCUUGCCCUGGUGGCUAGGGUCUGCCCUGGGAGAGACAAGAGUGACUAUAUAUAUAUAUAGCCACAAGCCUCAUGUGAAGAACCAACAGCUUGUCCAGCUCCAGGGGGCUGAGAGCACAUGGAAGGAGGGAUAGGCUCAGCCUGAGAGGGCUUGGGCAGCACUGACCAGUAGACUCCCCCAUUAGCAGCUGUUUGUUGAAUACCUACAGUCUACUUGACAUGGCCCAGGGAUGGGGAUGCAAGGCAUUGUGAUCUCUGCUGUCUUGGGGCUCACAUUCUAGUGGAGAAAGGGAUAUCAUGUGUAUAUACAAGUAAGAGAGAAUUCCCAGCCUGCUGAAUGCAGGAAGAAAACAAUGCAACCAGAAGGCUUGGGGAAAGGGGUGCCCCAGCUGAGGCAGUGGUUUCAGGGCACACCAGAAUAGAUGUGAUUGGAGCCAACAGAGUGGUAUAAGCAAAGGUACUGAGGACCAGAAGUGAAUGAC